AUGCACCCUUAUGCCUACCCAUCUGAGAUAUGGGCGAGAGCAAGGAUCGCCUUGUUUGCUCCAGCGGCUGCAGCGGCAACCGUUUGCGACGUCGGUACAGGCAUCCAAGUUCCCUUCAGCGCGUUAGCCCAGCAGAUCGUCGAUCUGCAAGCUCUUAUCGAGUCAUGGCUUUGGGAUAGCGGCAACCCUCCAACCACCGGGCAGCGCCGCACGGGCCUGGAGCCCAUCGCCCAACGCCAUGAUGGGUCACCAGUUGCCGGCCUUGACGGGCCCGACUUCCCUGACCGCUCCGAACCCGAACCCGAAACCCAUCAACCCCACGUGCUCAUCGGCACACACGUGGCCCCCUCGGGCAGCGGCGAAGGCGGCGCUAGGGGUUAUGACUGCGCGCCAGCGGCGGUGGCGGCGGCUGUCGUCGAGGGUCCCUCCUUGGUGGCCGUGUUUUGCCCUGCAUCCCUGGACUACAUACGCAUGACUUUAGCGGUGCUGGCAGCAGGCGCUGCCUUCCUCCCGCUGGAUCCCGAAUGGCCGGCCCCACGGGUCGCGGCGGUGGUCCGCCUGGCUCGUCCCACGCUGCUGCUCACAAACAGCGCCCACGAGCACCUCCUACCGCAGGAGCUGCUGCUCGCUACAUGCACAUGCAAGAUCCACGUCGCCCCGACGGCGGCGGCUAUGACGGCGGUAACAGAGUCCAGUGCUCGGCCGCUUUCCGGAUUGGAACCGCCGCCGCCGCCGCAGCAGCAGCAGCAGCAGCACUCGCAUUCCCGCACAGGACGCUCCCUCGCGCCUAAAGUCCCUCCACCGGAAGUGAAUACUGACCGUGUGGGUAAUGGCGGCGGUCGCUCUCAAACGCCCGUCUGGCUUGAUCGUCAUCCCGUACGACAGCUCGCCAUGCCGUACUUUGCUGUGUUGUACACGUCAGGCUCGACGGGGGAGCCGCUGGGCGUGUGCAUGAGUGCGGCCGCCUGGCUGACGCGCAUCGCCUGGAUGCAGCGGCGCUACCCCCUAAGGGCGCCGACCUCCGAGUCCGCAGGAUUACCUCCACCUCCACUGCCACCACCACCACCCCUCUCCAGCCGUCUUCGUUCGGGACACGGAGCCAGCGAGCCGGCGGGUACGGGGGGGGAAACGGCGGAACCUUCGGACUCUAGGGAGGGCGGCGGCGGCGGUGAAGGGAGCAUCGGCGGUUGUUGUGACGGCAGCGGCGAAGAGCCUGGGAGCGUGGUUUGCUUCUCCACCGCCGUCAGUUUCGUUGAUCACCUUUGGCAGCUGCUUGCGCCGAUCCUGGCUCCCGGCUGCGGGGCCCUCGAGGGCUCAGAAGGGCACCGUGUGGGCGAGGGCAAGGACGCGCAUCGAGAAGGAGAGGAGGGGAAGGAGGCCACGGCAACUACGCCCUUGGCGCCGGAGCCGGCGGCAGCGGCAGCGGCAGCGGCGGCCGUGGAUCUGGAGACGGCGCCGCCAGCGGCAGCGGCGGGACGUGUGGCUGGACCUUGCAGUGUCCUGAUCCCGCCUCCGGGGCUGGCGGCGCUGCAGCCGGAGCGGUUCGUGUGUCUGCUUGCGGAGUACGGCGUGUCACACUUGGUGUCUGUCCCCUCGCUGCUGCGCCACAUGCUGCCGGCCCUCCGCACCUGGCAGCACCGCCUGGGCCGUCUGAGAUUGCUGGUCAGCAGCGGAGAGCCCCUCGCGGGUGACCUGGCGGCGGAGCUGGCGGAGGCACUGCCGCAAAGCGUACGGCUGCUCAACCUGUACGGCUGGCCCAUCGGUGACACGCAAAUCCUGAUUGCGCCGCUGCCGUACGAUUCGGACAACGACGACGGUCCCGACUGUGACCCAAGCGCUCGCCGCGGCAGCAGCGGCAGCGGCAGCGGCACGACGGCUGCGCUGAUGCGGCCCUGUGGUGGCCGUGGCGGUUCGCCCCGACCUGCACCAGCCGACACUAGCGACACCGCAGCAGCUGCCGCUCCUGAUCCUGAUCCCGUCAUGCCGCUGUCGCUAGGCUCGGCAGGCGAGGUGUGGGUGGCGGGCAGCUGUCACUCUGCCGGCUACUACAUGCCUCCUGCACCACCACCACCACCACCACCACCAUCGUCAUCACCGCAGCCAGCUCAGCCCACGCAACGUCAACCAGUCAGGAGGUGUCCAGGAGCCCGCCGAGUCUCAACCGAAUUAACCGCCAUCCCAACUCCCUCCGCCUCCGGACUCAGAGGGUCUGCAGCGGAAAGGCCGGUUCCUAAAGAGGACACACCGCGAGGGGGCCCCGCCGAGUGGGAGGGGACAACGGCCGGGGUAACUCGUGGGGCUGGUACCGCCCCCGCCGCCGCCGCCGCUCGGGAUCGCUUCCUGCGUGUACGGCUGACGGCUGAUCAGGCGCAGCGCGUGGCGACGGCGGCGGGUCGGUACCCCGUCCUGGAGGCGACGUACUUCCGUACCGGAGACCUGGGCCGCCUCACGCCGUCCGCUGGAGGGAAGGGAAAGAGCUUGAGCUCUGGUACCGAAGCAAAAGUUCCCCCGGAGGCCAUCUCGACCGGUUUGGGCGUUCGCAAGCUGCUGUUAGAUAUCCUGGGGGCCGCGACUGGGGAGGCGUCUGCACCGAAUAUCCCCCCUCCCUCCGCCGUAACGGCCCUUCCUUCUACACGUGUUCCUGUGCCUGUGCCGUUCCUGCGGCUGGCGGCUGAGUGGUGCUGCCGCGCUCUGUCUUGCUGUCUACCGCCGUGUUAUGUGGUGGCGGAGGCAGGCUGUCUACAUCUCCUGGGUCGAGUGGACCGUCAGGUCAAGGUGGGCGGUGUACGACUGGAUCUUGGGGAGGUGGAGGCGCUGCUGGCUGCGCACCCUGCCGUGCGGGAGGCGGCGGUGGUGACGGCGACGUCUGUGAAGGUGACGGCCGAGGUGCUCGCGGAGGCGGCGAAGUCAGCAGUGACUGGCUCCGAGCCCCGCCAUAUUGGCAGCCUCCGCCUCUGCCAGCAGCAGCAGCAGCAGCAGCGGCGGGCCCCACUCGGGCGACUUGGUCAGCUGGCGGGGGCACGGAACCCGGUAGCCGCAGCUGCCGCCCCGGCUGCGAAGGCGCCUUUGACCACCGCGGCCGCUGGUGGGGCCGGAGAGGGACCGCGAGGAGGGGUGGAGGAGGACACAGAGGUGGGUGGGGAUCAGGACCAAGGUCAUGAAGGGCACGCGGCCGCGGCCCCCAACGGCGGUGACGGCAACAUGGCGGCUGCAGAGGUUGGGGAGGCGGAGGGGGAGGAGCUGCCGCCGCUCGAGGGUCUGUCUGGGCUCCCGCGGAGGAAAUCGGGUUCGCCUCCGGAGCUGCUGGCGUACUUGGUGCUGGCGGAGGAGGGCGAGUCGGCGACGUGGGCAGAUGAAGCGGAAUUGGGGGGUGCAGGACGCGGCGGGGUCAGCGGGGAGCAUUCCGACAUCCCAGCAGUCGCUCCGGAACCAGUCGCGGCCGCCCUGCGCACCUGGCUAGCGGGGCGUCUGGCGCUGCGGAGCGGACUGCGGCUGCGCUUCCUGGUCCUGUCGAAGAAGCUGCCGAGGAACCCGGCCGGCAAGAUCAUGCGCCGUCAGCUGCCACCGCCGCCGCGGCUGGCGCCAGCACAAUCACACAAGGAGCCGCAUCGACAGCCGCCGCAGCCGCAGCCGCCGGCGCACAUGCCGCUGAAGCUCCCAAUCUCUGAGUCCCGCACUCAGCCGGGCGGUCAGUCGCUACAGGGAGGCUCCGCAGACCCAGGCUCCGCCGGGGGGGGGCCCCCUCCUCGUCCCGCCGGUGAGGGGACAGUGAUGCGAGCCGUAGUGGCGGUCACCGGGCUAACGGGGCUGGAAGCCACCACGGACAUCUUCGCGGCGGGAGCGUCCUCCCUUGAUGCCGUACAGGUAGCGGCUCUGCUGGGUACGGAUGUACGGCUGGUGUUGUCGUAUCCAACGCCGCGGGCAUUGGCGGCGGCGCUGCGCAGCAGCAGUGGCGGCGCCGGAGGCGCCCACAGCAGCGGCGGCGGAGCAGUCGCCAUCGUUGAGAAUCACGAACGGGAGCGUGAGGGGGACUGGGAGGAUGACGAGAUGACGCGACGUGGGGGAGAAUGGCAACGGGAUGGCGGCGUGAGGAGGCGUGUACUGCAGGGUGAUGAUGGCGGCGGAGGCGACGAAGAACCUACAGGCCUGCCGCUGAAGCGACGCCGCCUGGGCGGGCUCCGACCGCAGCCGCUGCACGCCCCGCUCGUACCACCUGCCGCCGUUGCCGGACCCGCAGUUGCAACGGAGCCACCGUUUCCCAUGCGCCUAGUCAAGAAGACAACGGCCGCCGCCGCCGCCACCAUUGCUGCUCCUGCUGCUGUUGCUGGCGGCGCUGAUGUCUCUGAGAAUAACGCGGCAGACGCUGACAGCAGCAGCAGCGUCGACAGCGGACUGGAUGCGCCUGGCGGCGGCGCCGCCGCCGCCGCCGCCGCUGCCGCCAUCCGGGCGCUCCGCGAGGCUGUUCUCACCUGCCGCCAGCUGACGUGGCGGCGUGGCGGUACGGCCGACUGGAGCUCAGGUGGAAGUUGUGCGGGGUCCACCCAUGUCCUCCGCCACGUCCCUGCCGGGGGCGACAACGGCGACGACGGAGGUGACCAAGCGACGGCGGAGGCAGCCCAAGUCCGUGCGCGAUGGCGCUACCGCUUGGGCCGCUGCGUGGACGCGCCCGUCCUGCUCGUCAACCUGGAUCUACGAGAUCCGGGAUCACGACGAGCGGAUCUGGAUCUUGGCCAGGGAGCGGCAUUCCGCCCCUCCCGCCUGACCGUGCUGCUGGCCUGCUCGCAUGACGGGGACGUGGCGUGUCUGGACGAGGCUACCGGGGUGCCGUACUGGCACGUGCGUCUGCCGGCCCGGGCCGAGGCCGGCAUGGCGAUUGCAUGGGGCCCCACAGGGCGCAGCAGUGUCAGCGGUGGCGGCGGCGGCGGCUGUGGUACAGCAGCGGCGGCGACGUCUGCCAAACUACAGCUCUCGGAUGCAACGGAGGCCGCGACAGCGCUGAUACUGCACGGGUUGGUGCCGUACAUUCACGUUUUGGGGCAACUCCUAGUCUUCGCCACCCCCAGCAUUCCCCCUCCCGGAGUCGGCACCGCCUCCACCAGCAAGCCGCCGCCGCCGCCGCCACCGCCACCGUCACAACACCAUCAUUCUCACCAUCCGGACAUCAUGCCGUACGUCCUGGUGGCCUGUGGUGACGGUGUGCUGUACAGUCUGGAUCUCGCGGACGGAUCUGUGAAGGGCGCGGUGGAUUGCGGCGGAGAGUUUAAGAGCCCGCCGGUGUGCGACCCGUGGGUCGGAGCGGUGUGGGCCACUGGGCACAGCCGCCAACUGAGCGUUAUGGGCCCCCCGAAUGAGGUCCUCGCCAGCGGCCCCCACAUCGAAAGGCUUCACAUAGGUGCACCAAUGUCCGUGCCAGUUACCUUCACCUCCACUCCGCGACCUCCCGCCACCCCGCGCUGCGCAACGGCGGCCAGCUCACCCGGGCCGCCAUCGUACCGGCGGUGCAGCGGUGCGGCGGACGACAGUGAGGCGUGCCGUGCGCAACGUGAGCAGCAUCAGGCUCCGGAGCGGGGUCAGGAGCAGCAGCAGCGGCAGGAGGAGCAGUUGAGGGAGCAGCUACAGCCCAGGGAGGAGGUGGCGGCAGUGGACGACCCCGUCCGUUUGGCGCUGGUGGCGGCGCUGGAUGGCAGUGUUUAUGGCAUCCGCGUCGAGAUUAUUGAGGGGGCAGCUGCGACCGCCCCCAUUGCUGCUGAGGUUGCGACGAUCGACUUACCACCACCCGGUGACCAACGGACCUGCGACAGCGGCGCUGGCGGUUUCGGCGCCACCAGGCGAUCAGGCUGCGGCAGUAGCAGGGGCCCCGGUCGGGCAACCUGGUGGCUGCUACAGCUGCGGCUGACUCGGCUAUGGGUACUUGGGGGCCCGGCGCCUGUGUUCAGCGCCCCGCUGGUUCUACCGCCGUCCCUCCGGGGCCAUCAGCCCACAGCCCGGGGCAGCCAUGAUCGGCAGCCUGGGGGAGAGGGUGCUACAGCCGCUGCCGCUGCCGGUGCUACAGCCGCUGCCGUGGUCAUCAUCGUGGGGCAUGUGGACGGCUCUGUGCGGGCCGUGCAGCUGGCAGCGGCUCACCAGCAUCACUCGCUUGAUGCAAGUAUGGCGCCGCCGAUGGUGCGCUGGACAUCUCGGCUCCGAGGUAACCUGUUCGCUGAUCUGGCCUACCUGCCGCCGCCGCGUCGUCGUCGCUGCAGCAACGGCGACAUAUCGGCUGCUGCUGCUGCUGCUGCUGCAGACGUACCGACUCCAUCAGCAUUUGGCGACCCCGCCACCGCACCGCCUGGCACUGUGCCGCCUGGCGGGGAAGGAUUCAUCCUCGCCGCCACGCAUGCGGGCUUGCUGUACGGCAUGGAUUCAGUGUACGGCACUACCUUAUGGCUCGUGGACCUAGCCUGUGGGCCGAUCUCCGCCGCGCCGGCGCUGGCCUUGAGCCCGGCCUGGACUGGCCGUUGUGCCGCCGCCAGCGCGGGUUUGGACUCGGUGAUGUCAUUUGCCCGGCGCCGCCGUCCGGAGGUUGCCGACGGCGCUAGCGCGGUGGCGGCUGUGUGUGCUAGCAACGGUGCGCUACUGCUAGUGCGCAUGACGUGCCUGAGCGCAGGCGUAGGUUUCGGAGCCAGAUGCGACACGCGACCGAGUCGGGGCCAGGUUGCGUCGGAACCGGCAGCAGCCGCGGCAGCGGAAGUGGAAUUGCGGAGUGGCUUUGGCUCCGCGCUUGCCACUGGUAACGGACCGCCAAAGGGCUCAUUGGAGGGUUUGCAGUCGGGGGUGGUCCUUAAGCGGCAUGUAGAAGGUGGAGCGGUCGACAACUUCGUGGCGGCGCCGCAGCACCGUGACGAGGAUCCGCAGCCGCAGCUGGAGCUGGCCGCCGUGGGGGCCGCGGUCGUGGGCGCGAGCCAGUUCCCUGGGGAGGUCUUCUCCUCGCCGCUGCUGCUGUGGCGGCUGUCGCCACCGCCGCCUCCGACACCUCCACCGACAGCUCCCUUAGAAACAGCCCGGGAGCGCCACCAGGCGCCAUCCCCCGAGCCCCCCCCCGCCGCGACCACCGCCCUCCACGACGCCCCGACUAGCCGCUGA